AUGGCGCGCAAGGUAAUCUGCAUCCUGGCCAUAGUCCUCAUGCUGGUCCUCAGCGCGCUGGCUGAGGGUGAGACAGGGACCUGUGACGUGGCCCCCAACCAGCGCAUCAACUGUGGCUUCAGUGGCAUCACGCAGAAGGAGUGCGAAAGCAGAGGCUGCUGCUUCAGUAACAAACACCGCGGGGUGCCCUGGUGCUUCAUCAAGCAGCAGGUCAAUAUGGAAGAAGAUGCUGUGUUCACUAAGCCAAGUGUCCUCGUGGGUGACCUGCUGCUUGCUGGGGUUCCUGCGACUUUCCCAGAAAUAAAUGGCAAAACUAACAUUGAGAACUUAGGCAUCCCCAAGCCUAGCUGA